AUAUCAUACGGCUACCAAGGCAACAGAAUAUAGAUGGAAAAUGCCGUGGCAACAGUCGUCCAUAUUCAACCAAUGGUCGAAUGAUUAUCGUAGUAAUUAUAACUACACGUUGCAAUCGGAAGAUACAAUAACAAGUAAUCAGUAUGAUGAUAGUAACCCUUCAUCGCAACCGAAGAAAAUAUUCAUUCACAACAUCUUCCAGACAACAGAAUUACCGAAGUGGAAUCCAAACCUAUAUAUCAAAGCUUUGCAAAAUUCAACUUACAUACCAAAGGAUAUAGCAGACAAGCUGCCAAAUUAUGAAAGUAAACUUAAACAAAUUAUUAAAAUGGUCGCACAAAAUAUCACAACCAUUAACAACUACGAACUCGCAAGAACCAUUUUCGCAUGCUCCAAGGGAAAGCUACUCCAGAACCAAUAUGCGACAAUUUCGUUCAUAAAACUCCUAGAAAACGAAGUGCUACAACGGCUAGAUACGAUGCAUAUAAUCGAAUUAUACCGAAUACUACAUUCGGUUACAAACAUUAAUGCAGAUGCGGCCAACUAUCCAGAGAGUGCAUUAAAUGAAACAACUUGUGUACAAAUGCCAUUCGACGCCGAUAUGGUCAAAUGUAUCAUAUAUCGCAUCGUAGAUAGAAUCACAAAUAUCGGAGCUAUGGAUAUAGCGAACCUAAUAUGUUUGGUUGCUUAUAACGGAAUGAUUGAUUCAAACAUAACACUGAAAAUCAACAAAGGUGUAAAGCGAAGGCUUUGGGGUUUAACGGAACCCAUUAAAAUACUGACACCAGUAAUAGCACUUGCAAUGUUUGGAAUGUUGCAGGUGGAAACUGCGGCCAGCUCAUUAAAGGCGUUACAAAGUUGUUCUACGUUACCCAGAUAUAGUGUUAAUUUCACAGAAGCUACGGAAUGCAAGUCUAUGAUACGUAUCAUCAAUGAACAUAUCUUCCCUAUGAAGUUGUUGGAAGUUAUACUGCGCAUAGAUUACCCAGAAUUAUAUAAAGGAUUCGAUGCCGAGAGCAUAGCAUAUCUAAAUCAAAUACGAUACAUCAAGCCAUUGCUAAUAAGCUACAAAGAUUGGGAUUAUCUAAGGCCAUUGACACAAGCAUGGGAACCAUAUAUGUAUGCCGAUAGUCAAUACAACAUCCUUCCACAUAUACACGGGCCAUAUGUGAUUAGAAUGUGCGAUCCUAUAAAAAAGAUAAUAAUACAGCCAACAAUAGAAUGGCAAAAUGUAUCUUCCUGGCAAAAAUUCUAUAUUAAACACUAUCAAAGCAUGAUGAACAGACAUUUAGAGAAGAGCGGAUUCAAUAUACAAAGUGAACAUAAAACUUGAUU